AUGGCAGUCCUCAAAACCCUACUCAUUGCCCUCGCAGCGGCAGCCAACGCGCCAGCGGGUGUCGUCGCCUUCCAGCCCGACCCCAGGGCGACCAACACGGGCCUAGCCAAGCGGGCCGACCCAUACCCGUUCUGCAACCCGGCCACCAACCCCGGUUGCAUCGCUGGCGGAAAGUACCUCGUGCCGGUCCUCGAAUUCUCCUCCGAGAACGGCCCCGGCGACCUGGCCUACCAGCAAUACCUGCCCGCCAGCCCGUGGACCUUCUCCAAGUGGACCAACGGCCUGAUGCCCGAGCGGUGCUACUACUGGGGCGUGACGGCCGACAAGUGGAAGGCCACCGACUUUCUCGUCUAUAAUGUCACUUACACCGACUGCGCGACGCCCUUUGUCGUCUGCCGCCACCAAAAGGCCACCAAGAGCAUCGGCCAGCUCGCAUCGCAAAUCGGCAAACUUCCCGUUAGGAUGCGGCAAGCGUCCUCAAUCUACAUCGUCUACGGCGACCUUAACAGCGACAACCCCAAUUACGGGGGGUAUAUGGCGACGCUCGCGGGCGACGGCGUGGUGGUCGGGCGCAGCGUGGCCUACUUCAUCACGUCGCUGGUGCACGAGACGGGCCACGCAGUGGAUUCGACGCUGGCGUCGCCCGGCGGCGGCAAGCCCUUCUCGGGCACGGCGGCGUGGGCCGACGCCGUAAAGGCCGACGGGUUCGCCGUCAGCGCGUACGGCGCGGGCUCGUACGUCGAGGACUUCGCCGAGGCCGGCCGCGCCGUCCUCCUCGACACCGUCGUGCCCGGCGGGCUCGCCGCCUUUACCGGCGGCAAGAACGCCAAUCUCACACAGAUCACCGCACAGCUCAAGGCGUUCAAGGCCGUCGCCGGCACGUUCUAUACGCCUGGCGGCAAGUGUGACUUGGCCAAGAAAUUCCCGUUCCCGGCCAAGUUAGUGAAGAGGGAGUAGUCAAGGAGGGAAGUGAGACAAACUUCCGCGGGGUCUGAUGAGGCAGGAUUUUGAAAUCGAAUACAAAUAAUUGGAUAAAUUCGGGUGUUGGUUUCGUUCUGGCGGCACUUGGCCCCUUGGCCAGAAGGGCACUUUUGAGCGCAGGGGAAAAUAUAGAAGCAGCGAUUCAAG